CCCUCUUCGUACGGGGGCUACAGGGAAAUCUGUCGGAUCGCCAAGCACCGCGCGGUGCGUAGAACGCACUCCCCCCAAAGAAAGGAAAGGAAACAAAGAGAGUACGCUCGGAUCGCCGAGCACUUCGCGCGGUGCGUAGUACGCACUCCCCCAAAGAAAAGGAAGGAAAGGAAACAGAGACGGAGUGAGGGAGGCUAUGACGACGAGUCCUCCAACAACGACAGAAGGAGGGUUGGUGCAGUUCACCCCAUCAGAGAUUGAGUACGUUAGCUACGGGGGUGAACAUCACCUACCGCUUAUCAUGCGCCUGGUCGACCAGGAGCUCAGCGAACCCUACUCCAUCUUCACGUACCGCUACUUCGUCUAUCUCUGGCCCCACCUCUGCUUCCUGGCAUUUCACAAGGGCAAUUGUGUGGGGACCGUUGUUUGCAAGAUGGGUGAACAUCGGAACGCGUUUAGAGGUUACAUUGCGAUGCUUGUUGUAAUCAAACCCUAUAGAGGGAAAGGGAUUGCUACUGAACUUGUUACCAGAUCUAUUCAAGUGAUGAUGAAUUCAGGAUGCGAAGAGGUAACACUGGAAGCAGAGGUCACGAACAAGGGUGCACUUGCUUUGUACGGCCGUCUCGGAUUUAUUAGGGCGAAAAGGCUCUUCCGUUACUACUUGAAUGGGGUUGAUGCUUUCCGCCUUAAACUGUUGUUCCCUCGCCUGGACCUGGACCUGGACCCGUCUAUGCUAAUGGCAUUAAACAAAAGAGACAGCCAUUGCCAUCAUGAUCACGGCCCACAAGAUGAUUGUUCUCAGCACUAUCACAGUUUCUAAUUCAAGCUUACAGGUUAUGUCUGUUUCCACCCAUAGAUGAAUUAUUUGAUCCUCAACCAAAGGAUAUGCACUGCGUACAAGGAUUUUCAGUUCGUACAGGUGGAACCAUUGUUCAGUGAUCAGACCAUUGGUCCAUUGUGACCUACUGUGGAUAGACCAUGCCCCCCAAAACACACAGAUUUGUUAGAUCCUAGAUACCAACCCGCAUUUUUUUCCAGUCAAAUUGUAACUUUUAUCUAUUUUAAACUGUUUAUUUGCAGCCACAAAUUGAAAGGCAGGGAUUGUCCUAUCGAGGAGAAUUUUUGGUGCAUGGUUCAUAGACUGAGGGGCAUAAAAGGGGUCACUUUAUUUGUUUCUUUAUUAAAGAAAUGGUAGCAAGAAGUAAACAUAUGUACA